AUGGUGAGCAAAGAGUCCUUUACAUAUAUUCACCACAACAAUGGUGCGCUGACUCCACCACCCAAAAGCAAAGGUUCAAGUAAAAAGCCUGCGAAGGCCAAAACGCCCACACUGAUAGAUGGAUUCACCAAGGAGGAGCUGUCCAAGGAGCAGAUGGAAGAGCACAUUGUGCGUCUUCGAGAGGAGCUGGACAGAGAGAGGGAAGAGAGAAACUACUUUCAGCUGGAGAGGGACAAGAUCCACACAUUUUGGGAGAUCACAGAUGGUAAACUCGAGGAAGUCAAGGCUGAAAAUAAGAAUUUUGAUAAGGACAUAGAGGAGGAUGAGGGGCGCCACCAAGUAGAGAUCAAGGUGUAUAAGCAGAAGAUGAAGCACCUCCUGUGUGAACACCAGAACACAAUCGCUGAGUUGAAAGCAGUUGGUUUAGUCUCCACACAGGUGGCGCAGGAAGAGCAAAACCAAUUGGAGACCGAGCUUCAUAAGGACAUGAGGGCCGUCAUGGUCGACAUACAGAAGCUUGACAACGAAAACCUCGUCAAGGAGCUUGAACUGAAACACACUGAAGAAAUGACUAAAACAAGUGACAUCUGUGAGAAGCAAAUUGCAGAACUCCAAGGCAAAUAUGAGAAAAAGAUGGAGUUGCUGCUGCAAGAGCUGGACAACAUGAUGAAGAAUGUGAUCUGUGAGCAAGAAGAUCAAUGGAACAGCCACAUCGACGCCCUAAAAGAAGACCACAAUAAGGCCUUCAAGGAAAUUGAUGCAAUACUCAUUUGCAUGAAACAGGAUCUAGAUAUCAACACGUCACUCACGGCACAAAAGAAAGUGAUGGAAAUUAAACGGAAGGAGAAGGAAAAGGGCCUGGUCGGUCUUUUGGAGGAGAACAAAUAUCUCUCAGAGCUUCUCUCGGGAGUGAAAAAGGAGAACGCGGACAUUGAGAGAAAAAUCAAAUACUCUGGAUUGGAAAAGGAUGUCAGUGAAACGGUGAAAAAAAAGAAGCUGGAUGAGCUGAAAUGCGAUUAUAAGACACUGGGACAGAAAUUCUACAAGCUUCAGCUAGAAAGGGAUGAGCUGGAGAAGACGUUCACUCAGAAUACUCAGCAGGUGCAGGAUAAAGCAGAUCGGAAGAGCAUGCAGCUGGAGAGGAGGCUGGAAGGUCUGAUGCACGGCCUGGAGAAGACGCAGGCGCAGCUCCUCGCUGUGCUUUCUGCCUCCAACAUGGACCAAACGGCUCUUAAAGGGGUCACGAACAAAAUUGAGACAAAUCUAGACUCCAGUAAUUAUUCCAUCAAGAACUUGGAGUAUAAAAAAGCUCAGCUUCUCCAGGCCCGUAAGGAUAUGCUGCUGACCUACGAAGCGAAGCAAAGGGCUCUUGGGCCUUUGGAGGAGCUUUGUUUAAAGCCAUUUGAGGUCAGCUGCUAACUGGGAAGUCAGUCACUGAUCUUGGGUUUGUCCCAAAAUGAGAGGCAUAGACUGACCGAUUCAUAUUAAAUCUCACUUUCUUCGCAUAAACUCGGUUUAUCGUGGUGUCCUUUGAUAUAAAUGUGUUACUUCACUCCAUUUGGACUA